AUGACUAUUAUUUUAGUGACAGGAGGCAACCGCGGCGUAGGAAAUGCUAUAGUUCAAGCGGCGGGAACCAGAGUUCGCGAUGCAAUUGUCUUAGUCGGCUGCCGGUCGAUAGAAAAUGCUGAAGAGUCCAUAAAGAAUCUCAAGGAACUCGGUGUUCCAGCAAAAAUUGAGCCCUUGCAAAUCACCAUCACCGACGACAUGAGUGUCACAGCUGCUGUACGAACGGUUGAGGAGAGAUACGGAAAGCUUGAUGUCCUGAUUAAUAAUGCUGGCUCUUUUUCCAUGCCAAAAUCGGAUGAUCUAACAGAGCUCAGGGAGAACUGGGCGCAAGGCUUCGACUGCUUGGUGGCGUCUCAGUAUCUCGUGACAAAAGCUUUUCUGCCACUACUCCGUAAGGCCGAAUGGGGCAGAGUGAUCAUGAUCUCCAGCGCUCGAGGAAGCUUGGCCAGAAACAAAUCUAUCGAGAUGCCCCCUACACAGCAUAUGAUGUACAACUGCUCCAAAGCGGCUUUGAAUCUUAUGACUAUCGAAUUUCGUAAUGCCGAAAUAAGGGAAGUAGUCAAUGAGAUGGACAGGAUCACUUUCUGGGCGGCGAAUCCAGGUUACUGCAAGACCGCGUUCAACAAUUUCAGGGGUAUCAAAGAUGUGCUUGAAGGCGCCGAGGUCACUGCGAGACUGUUAGAGUCGAGGCGUAGCGAGAUACCAUCAGGAACUUUCUGGGAGUUUGAACAAGGGAAUUUUCAGCAAGUCCCCUGGUGA